AUGAAGUCUUCUCUUUCUUUGUGCAUGAUUGCAUCGAUCCUAAGCUCAAAAGCUAUGGCGGGUCCUACUCCAGGCCAGGACGGAUUGUUUCGCCUCCCUCCUGGUUCCAAGGACGGCUUCUACCUUCACUCUGUGGACGCAAACGGCAUCGCAAGCACCGAAUAUCUUGGGCUCGCCAACGUUACUAGCAUAUCCCCAGAUCUUGCAAAGCCCGACACCUUGAGCAAGCGCGAUAGCGAGGGCUCGCGCUGCCAAGGAAACUAUGUCAACCCCGUGGAUUGGGAUGGUGCUGUCGACGGCUUACUGGGCUACUGCAAUUUCGAAGAAAGCUUCUCAAAAGCUAUCUCUUAUCAGAGUGGGAACGCUGUAGCAUAUGGCUGCAGUUAUGGAGGCCUGGAGACGUGUCGAACCUGGGAGGUUAACCCGAUGAUCACUGCUCUGAAGCGUGAUUGUGGUAAUCAACAGCAGGGCUUCUACACUAAGCCAAGCUGGAAGGUCUCCUACGGUGUGACAAGUGUUGGGAACAGCUAUUGCUAA